AAGAAUUCAAAGAGUCCUCUCUCUCUCUUCACUAAAAGAAUCCCUCUAUCUGCAACACUCAUUCUUCUCUUCUAAGCCUAAUCACCCUAAAUAUACCAUCUCUCUCUCUCUCUCUCUCUCUCUCUCUCAGAGAAACCAUGCCUGUUUUGGGAGAGAGCUCUGAGCACACCAAACCCAGAAGGCCGAGAAACCAACUCAGCAAUCCCAUUCAAGAAACCACAGAUCCAAGUCCUUCACUCUUCGUCCCUCCAAACCGCACUAAACCCACCAUAUCUUCAUUCCUUCACCCGGAAUCCCCCAAUGAACACGUGCCCACGACCAUGAACCCCACCAAGAAGAAGCAUUUCGCAUCGUCAAGAUUCAGGGGGCUCGGGUGCACGGCCUCCGCAUCGCAGCAGGUCUCUGUGCCAGCAGUGAUUAGGGCAUCCGCGGAUUGGGAGAAGAGGAAGGUGAAGAAGAAGAAACAGAAGAGAGGUGGCGGUGGCGGUGGCGGUGGCGGUGGCAAUCAAACAGUGGGGGUCGAUGGUGGUGGGUCAAGCUUCGGGGGUUGCAAUUCUGGGUCUUCUUGCGUGGUGGCUGAGGACGCUUGGUGUGGUCCUGGAAUUGGCUUCUCAGCUGCUGAUGCCGACUGUGUGGUGGUCGGCAGGAGGAACUUGUCUGCAAGAGGGAUGAUGGAUGGCGAUAAUAUUGGUCCAAGAGAGCGACUUUGUGUCUCACGGCGGACUGUGAAUCCAGAAGAGUUCGUUCUGGAUUCCGACCCCGCCUUUGGAACCAGUCACCCGGGGUCGGAAGCAUAUGUGCCUGGACCUCGCCGCUACCGCCAUAUUCGACAUCCUUCACCUGAAGGCCUUGCUGAGAUUAUGGUGCUUCACACAAGCCUUGUGAUGGGAGGAAGGUUAGACUCACUCGAUCGUUACCGAGGCUGGAGACUCGACAUUGAUAAUAUGACUUAUGAGCAAUUGCUUGAGCUUGGCGAUAGGAUUGGCUACGUGAGUACUGGCCUCAAAGGCGAUCAGAUAGCUCACUGCAUCAGAAAAAUCAAGCUCACAAAUCUGAAUGAUUUGGCGCGUCAUUUCGCUGCAAAAGCAGAUAGGAAGUGCAGCAUUUGCCAAGAAGAAUUUGAAGAAGGCGAUGAGCUCGGGAAGUUGAAUUGCGGGCACGGGUAUCAUAUGGAAUGCAUAAAGCAGUGGCUUGGGCAGAAGAAUGCAUGCCCGGUUUGCAAGUCCGAAGUGGUGGCUCAGUCCUAGAAUCCUCGCGAAUCUUAGCCUUGGCAACUGCUUCCUCAGCCCUCAUUGUAUAGGUUUUGUUUCCUAUAUUAGGAGAACCCAUUCUUUUCGAUCCAGAUGCAGUUCACACCCAUCCUCAUUGUUGAAGUUUGAUUUUUUGUUCUCCUUCGGCAAUUUUUUUUUGGUUUCAAUUCUAAAAUAUAUGAUUCGGAAUUGUCUGAGAUGUUUCAAUCUGAUGAUAACUUAUCCAAUUUAUACUCUCUGAUGACAUAUACAUUUCAUUU